AUGGCAGUAUCGCUCGAUCCGGAGUCAAUUCAGGUGCCCGCUGCAGGAGGUGAAAUCACGCUACAGCUGAAGAACAGCAGCGCUGAGGGUCGCUAUGCCUUCAAGGUCAAGUGCACCGACAACGAUCAUUACCGUGUCAACCCCGUAUUCGGUUUUGUCGACGCAUCCGGUAAUGCUGCGGUUCUUGUGCGUCGAACGGAAGGCCCUCCGAAAGCUGAUGGUCGUCUGGAAGUUCACUUCAUUCCUGCUCCAGCAGAUGCUACUGAAGCAAAGGCGCUGUUUCCUCCUGGAAGUUCGUCGGAGUUCAAACUGAACGUGCCGUUGAUCGCGGAAUAA